AUGUUCAUCGAAGCCGUUGCCGGUCUUGCUUCGGCUUUCGUUGUAACUUAUAUCGGAAUGACGUUAGUGGCUCCAUCAGAAAUAACCGAUAAAGAAGCUGAAGAUAUUACGACAAAUAAAGAAGAAUCGAAGAAAACAGGCAACGAAGCAGCUAUCAAGAAUCUCGUUCCUGAAUCGAAAACUCUUGUGGUUCUUUUUGGAUGGGCUGGAUGCAGAGACAGAUAUCUUUCAAAAUAUGCGCAAUAUUAUCAGGAUGCAGGAAUUUCAACAGUUCGUUUCACUGCCCCUAUCGCCAAAAUCAGAAGUUUCUCGUCUUACCGCCCAUUUGCUCGAUGUUUCCACCGAAUACUCAACGAGAUUCUCGAAGAGAAAUCCGACAUCACCACAAUUUAUUUCCAUGUUUUCUCAAUGAAUGGAUGUUCUUUGCUUGCCGCUUACUGGGAUCAACUCAAUGAACUCGAAAAUGGAAAAGAUAUUCAAUCGAAAGCAAGAGGACUCAUAUUUGAUAGUUGCCCUGCCUUCACAACUCCAUCCCAGAGUGCUCACGCAAUCUCAUUUGCCACGUUGCCACCAAGUCACUAUCAUGGAGCUUUGAGAGGUUCUUACCGAGCAGUACUCUACACAUUUUUCUCGUUCCACAGAGGAGUUCUUUGGUUGAGAUCAUUUUUAGACAAGGAUAUUUAUGAAAAGCAUUAUGCAUACUUCAAAAUGAUUACUUUCGAAAAUUUGCCAACCAAACAACUUUAUAUUUAUGGACCAGCAGACUUGGUUUGUUCCGAAGAAUCAAUUGAAGAUUACGCCAAACUAAUGGAGCAGCGUGGAAUAUCAAUCUCGAAGCUCCGCCUCCUCGAUUCUCUUCAUUGUCAACACCUUCGAUCUCAUCCAGUGACUUACACUCAAGAAUGUCUAGACUUUGUAAAAUCCGGGCAUUUACCAGCCAACCGGAGUCGUGUGCCCCUCGAAAAUACUGAAGGAAUCGAACAAAAUGACGUUCCAGAGGAGCUUGCCUAUUAA